AUGGCCUCAUCGCACGGCGACCCCCGGCACCUCCUCCCGACCUCCUACAAGCGACUCAUCUCCGAAUGGCUUGAGGAGGACUGCCCCAGCUUCGACUAUGGCGGCUUCGUCGUCGGCGAGUCGGAGGGUGAGGCGAAACUACUUGGGAAGAGCGAGGGUAUAAUCGCCGGCGUCCCCUUCUUCGACGAGGUAUUCUCGCAACUCGGCUGCUCAGUCGAAUGGCACCACCCCGAAGGCGCUCCCCUUCCCCCUUCCCAAAAAACCCACGUCGCAACCGUCCGCGGCCCAGUUCGCAAAAUCCUCCUCGGCGAGCGCGUCGCCCUAAACAUCCUCGCGCGGUGCUCCGGAAUCGCAUCCAAGACCUCAAAACUAAACUCCAUCCUCCGCUCGCACGGCUGGAAGGGUACGCUCGCGGGGACGCGCAAGACGACGCCGGGGUUCCGCGUCGUCGAGAAAUAUGGGAUCCUCGUUGGGGGUGCGGAUCCGCAUCGUCAUGAUUUGAGUAGUAUGACAAUGCUCAAGGAUAACCAUGUUUGGGCGUGUGCGAAUAAUGCGGCGGGGGCUGCGGGGGAGGGGGAGCGGAAGGCGUUGGAGGAGGGGGAUAUUGCUGCGGCGAUUCCGAAGGCUGUUGCGGCGGCGAAGGCUGUUGGGGGGUUUUCUACCAAAGUUGAGGUUGAGGUUAGGAGUGUCGAGGAGGCGAAUGCGGCGAUUGGGGCUGGCGCGGAUGUGGUUAUGCUGGAUAACUUUACGCCCGAGGGGGUGCGUGAGGCUGCGAGGGAGUUGAAGGAGCGGUGGGUUGGAAAGGCGGCGUUUUUGAUUGAGGUAAGUGGAGGGUUGAAUGAGGAGAAUGCGGCUGGGUAUGCAUGUGAGGAUGUGGAUAUCUUGUCGACGAGCUCGAUCCAUCAGGGCGUCGGGAUUGUAGAUUUCUCAUUGAAGGUUUCCCUACGGGGGUAG